GCUUCCGGAAGGCGUGUUACAGGACGAGACCCGAUUGAAAAGCUCGCUCAAUAUAUUAAGGAAAAUGAAGAUAAUCUUGAACCCGAAGAGAUAAAUACGCUAGCAUAUAACUUAGCUAAAACAGCUCCUACUGUAAUAGCUCAAUCUUCACGUCUUAAAUUGCUUCGAAAAAAAUUGCGUAUACUUAAUGCUAAAUAUCUUACAUUAGAAGCAAUAUAUAUACCCGAUAUUACUCAAAAAUCAAAUAAAGAACAAGCAAUAAAUCAGGAACUCCGUGAAGAUGAGGGAUAUGAUUGUCCAGAAUUCUUUUACUUGGAAAAUGUCCAGAAAAGACUUAAGGAUUGUAACAUUACCAAUUCCCCUACAAUGCAAAAUUUAAUGGAUAUAAUGAUAAUGUUAUCUAUGAGGCCAGCAGAUGUUGCAAAUCUUCGUAUUGAUUACUAUAAACCAUCUAGUACGAUCCUAAAUAUUCUUGGUACUGCACUGGAUAUGCAAAAAAUGCAAAAGAUGAGCCCCGACCAUUUGUAUCUAUGGAAAAAAAUCCAGAACAAGCUAGAAAAUUACUCAUUUGGAUCCAGAAAGCAAUUCCGGCGAAAUUUCCAUUUCUAA